AUGGCGAAGACCCCGAGCAAGAAGUCGGCCAAGGCCCCGAAGAAGACCGGUGAAAAGGGCAAGAACCGCAAGACCAAGCGCAUUGAGUCGUACUCGACCUACAUUUACAAAGUGUUGAAGCAAGUGCACCCCGAAACCGGUAUCUCCAAGCGCGGCAUGUCGAUCAUGAACUCGUUCAUCAACGACAUCUUUGAACGCAUCGCGUCGGAAGCUGGCAAGCUCAGCCGCUACAACAAGAAGUCCACUUUGUCGUCCCGCGAAAUCCAAACCGCCGUGCGCCUCAUGCUUCCUGGUGAAUUGGCUAAGCACGCCGUGUCUGAAGGCACGAAGGCCGUGACCAAGUUCACGUCGUCGGCUUAAAUGCGUUGGCCACUGAACUGUCUCCCUCAACGUGCGACGCUUCGUGCUCGCCGUUUCUACAACCUGGUGUUUUUGAACACCACCCUCUCUUGAGAAGUUUGCGAUCACCCUUUCUGUUUGAUUCGGUCCGAUUGUCUUGAUGGAGCAACCGGUGCAUGAAAAUGUGGUUGUUCAAGAUCACAGCAGCGUUAUCUUCCUUACAGGAAUGUGACGGCGGGCGUUUGGUACCUCUGAAUCACACCAUCAGAUCCACUCGCAUAGAAGAAAUCUUCGGUGGCAAAUGCAUCCGUGAUG